UUUCCUCAUGCAUCUGCCUAGAGUCACAGGGUGUUUCCUGCUGAACCUCCAAGCCAUCUCAGUCCCUCAAAAUCUCCCUUCUUGGCCUUUCCCAGAAAUAAAUUCUUGGUGGAAACUAUAAAACACCAGUUCUUCCUAGCAGAAUAACUCCACUGGCUGCCACCAGAGGCCAAGGCACUUGGCAGCAAUGCAAGCCCUCCAUCUCUCAGUCCUUUUAGCUUUCCUGACCUUGCUUCAGGCUGCAGCAUUGGCCACAAAUGCACGGGCCACCACGACUGCUGCCAUCUCUGAUGCUGUGAAUCAGGUCAAGGUCCAAGUCAACAAGGCCUUCCUGGAUUCCAGGACCAGGCUAAAGGCUGCCAUGAGCUCAGAGGCACCCACCACUCGACAGCUCUCGGAGUACCUCAAGCAUGCCAAAGGCCAGGCGCGCACAGCCAUCCGCAACGGGCAGGUGUGGGAGGAAUCCUUAAAGAGACUGAGGCAGAAAGUGGCCUUGACCAAUGCCACAGAACCUAGCCUGGACUUGACUGCACUGUCUUGGGAGGUGGGCUGUGGUGCCCCCGUUCCUGUGGUGAAAUGUGACAAGGACAAUCCUUACCGAACCAUUACAGGAGACUGUAACAACAGGAGGAACCCCGCUCUGGGCGCCGCCAACAGGGCGCUGGCGCGCUGGCUGCCCGCCGAGUACGAGGACGGGCUCUCCCUGCCCUUCGGGUGGACGCCGGGGAGGACGCGGAACGGCUUCCCGGUCCCGCCGGCCCGCGAGGUUUCCAACAAGAUUGCAGGCUACCUGAGUGAGGAGGGUGUUCUGGACCAAAACACGUCCUUGCUGUUCAUGCAGUGGGGUCAAAUUGUGGACCAUGACCUGGAUUUUGCCCCCGACACUGAGCUGGGGAGCAGCGAGUACUCCAAAGCCCAGUGUGACAAGUACUGUAUCCAGGGAGACAACUGCUUCCCCAUCAUGUUCCCUCCCAAUGACCCCAAGGUGAAGACUCAAGGGAAGUGCAUGCCUUUCUUCCGAGCUGGGUUCGUCUGCCCCACUCCACCUUAUCAGUCCCUGGCUCGAGAUCAGAUUAACGCUCUGACCUCCUUCCUGGAUGCCAGCCUUGUAUACGGUCCUGAGCCCAGCCUGGCCAGCCGCCUUCGAAACCUCAGCAGCCCGCUGGGCCUCAUGGCUGUGAACCAGGAGAUCUGGGACCACGGACUGGCUUACUUGCCCUUUGACAUCAAGAAGCCAAGCCCCUGUGAGUUCAUCAACACCACGGCCCAAGUGCCCUGCUUCCUGGCAGGAGAUUUCCGAGCCUCCGAGCACACCUUGCUGGCCGCUUCCCACACCCUCCUUCUCCGAGAGCACAACCGGCUGGCCAAAGAACUAAAGAGACUCAACCCUCACUGGGAUGGAGAGAAGCUCUACCAGGAAGCCCGGAAAAUCCUGGGAGCCUUCAUGCAGAUUAUCACCUUCAGGGACUAUCUACCCAUUGUGCUCGGUGAUGAGAUGCAGAAGUGGCUCCCUCCAUACAGAGGCUACAACCAAUCUGCUGACCCCCGAAUCUCCAAUGUCUUCACCUUUGCCUUCCGCUUUGGCCACUCGGAGGUCCCCUCCACUAUGUCCCGCCUGGAUGAGAAUUAUCAGCCUUGGGGUCCAGAAGCAGAGCUCCCCCUGCACACCCUCUUUUUCAACACCUGGAGGAUGGUCAAAGAGGGUGGAAUUGACCCUCUGGUCAGGGGCCUGCUGGCCAAGAAGUCCAAGCUGAUGAAUCAGAAUAAAAUGAUAACAGGAGAGCUGCGCAGCAAGCUUUUCCAGCCCACUCACAAGAUCCACGGCUUCGACCUGGCCGCCAUCAACAUACAGCGCUGUCGAGACCACGGGAUGCCCGAUUCUGGUGGGAAAACCCUGGGGUCUUCACUGAGAAGCAGCAGGAAUCUCUACAGAAAAUGUCCUUCUCACGCCUUGUUUGUGACAACACCCACAUCACCAAGGUCCCACGGCACCCAUUCCAGGCCAACAACUACCCUCAAGGCUUUGUGGAUUGCUCAGCCAUUGACAAGCUGGACCUUUCACCCUGGGCCUCAGUGGAGAAUUAGGGGCCCAGAUUUCCCAGCCUCCCACACUGUGCAGUUCUGCUCCCUUUGGUCCAUGAUGCCAUUUCAGGCAAGUUCAGUGACCCCGUCCCUUAGAGCUGCACACCCCAUCCGGGCCCUUCUAUUCAGCUGGGUUUCUUGACACUCACCAGAUGCACACCUCGCUCAAACCCAAGGCCAGCACCUUUGCCUUUCCAGCUCUUCCACCUGAAUACCACUGUUUCCAUGCCAUCUGCUCUGUCUGUGGGAUGUCACCCAUCCUCUCCCUGCAUCAAGUCUUGACUGAGGCCAUGGUCUUUGCACUCUUAACUUUCCUCCUCUCCUUUCAAACUAGAUUGUGAGCUCCUUGAGCCAGAGACUUCUGUCUGCUUCCCAGUGUCCCCGUGCCAUCAAGCAUGAUGCUCAGCACACAGCAAGGGCUCAAUAAACAUCUGAUGAUUGACUGAU